CGGAAAAUGGCCGACCACAACAAGUCGGGUGCCUGGAGUCCAACGUCUCCGGGGGGAACGACUGAUGAUAGCGUAACUAUGGAGAUUGGAGAUGAAGAUGACCCCCUCUCUGAAACGCAAGAAUGUGUGGAGGAAUUGGUGACUAUUCCGAUGACUGCACCGCCUGAAAAUCAAUGGUACCAUGGACGGCUGGGGCGUCAGACAGCAGAGGAACGUCUUCGGUCAGCAGGCGAGAUCGGCAGCUAUCUUGUGAGGGAAAGUGAAAGUAAAUCAGGCUCCUAUGUCCUGUCUUACCUUGGCAAGAAUGGACUCACCCACUUCAGGAUAUCUGCUAUCUGUGGUGAUUACUACAUUGGGGGCCGGAGAUUUGAGACGCUGUGCCUCCUGGUAGGAUAUUAUACAUCACAGUCCUAUCUUCUCAAAGAGGAACAACUAAAACUGCCAGUCCCUCCACCUGAGCCAGUGGAUGACAGGAGGCGGGUGAUAGCACAUCUUCCCUUCUCUAAAAUGCCAGAAACAGAUGAGCUGAGCUUUGAGAAAGGUGAUGUGUUCGUGGUACUGAACGAGAUGGGGGAUGGUUGGCUGUGGGUUAAAGCUCAGAGAGUGGACAAGGAAGGACAAAUACAUGAGGCUCUAGUGGAGGACCUGAACGGGAGUAUAGAUCCUGAUGAGACGUUGCCAUAUUUUCAUCCGGGCAUAACAAAGGAGGACGCAGUGGAGAAACUCCGUGAAGCGGGCCAAGGAAGUUUCCUGGUGCGUCCAAGUGAAAACUCCCCAGGAAAUUACUCCCUGUUUGUCCUUUGUGAUAAGACUGUGCAGAGAUUCCGCAUUGAGAAAGAGGGAAGACAGCUCUUCAUGGGAGGCCGCUACUUUGAUGGAUUGGAGGCAAUUAUUGAGAGAUACAAGAAGGAAGAGAUAGUAGAGAGCUUUACCUUGGUCACACCUGUUUGUAAGGGGUCAGCCGAACACUUGUAUGACUCCAUCAGACAAAGCUCCCGAGGACCCAUCACAGGACGGGGGCAGAAAUUGGAUAUGCAGGGCUACCUCUUCAUUAAAAAGAGUCAAAAGGUGAAGAAAUGGAAAAGCAUGUUCUUCGUGUUACUUGGGCAUGAUCGACAGCUCUGCUUCAUGGAAAAUGAAAAGAGAUCCAAGCCAAAGGGACUUAUAGACCUGACCUAUAGUUCAUUCUACCCAGUCCAUGACAGCUUUUUUGGGAGACCCAACUGUUUCCAGCUCAUUACUAUAGCUAGCGCUACAAACCACUACCAGAUUUAUUACCUUUGUGCAGAAAACAGCGACUUUGCACAGACAUGGAUAAAAGUGCUGAAACCAUAUUGUGUUAAUACACAACCGACGCGGUCUCAGUCACGCUCCCUGAAGGAGUUGCGUACCCUGACAGUGGAGGUGUGUGACGCCCGCAGUAUACCCACCAAGACCCUGCCACACCCCUACUGUGUUGUCUCCCUCAACAAUGUGCGUGUGUGUCGCACACAGGUGGAGGAAGGCACCAAUCCUAUGUGGGAUGACAAAUUUAUUCUAGAUGAUAUUCCAUGUGACAUAGAGGAUUUCAGCAUAAUAAUUUGUAAUCACAGUCGACGAACAAAAGAUCAGGAUAUUGCCAACAUCACGAUCCCUGUAGUGGAUGUCAAGGACACAGACUGUUACGACAAAUGGCACACGUUACAGGCCCUCAACCCCACAAUGCGCAGCGACACUGGCUCCCUACGUAUCCGAGCACGCUACCUACACGAGAUCAUAAUGCCCGAGGAUAAGUACUCAACACUCAAGGAGCUCAUCCUCAACGGUGACCUCAGUAACAUUCUGGAGCUGUUUAACCUUUGUGGGAACGACCGUAUACCUGUCGCUAAAGCUCUUCUACAGAUCUUCAGACACGAAAAACAGGAGAAAGUCAUUCUCAAGACAAUGAAUGACUUCGAAAUUGCUAGGGAAGAGGAGGUAUCAACACUUUUCCGGUCAACGUCGCUGGCGACCACUUUGAUGGAUCAGUACAUGAAGAUGACUGCCACACAGUUCGUGAGCAAUUCCCUACAGGAAAGCAUACUAAGGAUCCUCGACUCUAAACAGUCGUGUGAGUUGAACCCCACGCUAUUAGAAAGUGGAGCCGACAUAGCGGCCAACAGGGACAACUUCCUCUAUCACCUUAACGAUGUCACAGAGUCGAUAAUCAAAGCUAUAGGCAGCUGUCCUGUGGUACUUAGAUUUAUAUGUGGCUGUUUACAAAGAAGUGUGGCAGCCAAGUGGAUAAACGAUGAGAGUGUGAGAACGCGGGUUGUCAGUGGGUUUAUAUUCUUGCGUUUGCUCUGUCCUGCGAUCAUCAACCCAAAGUCCUUCAAUCUUAUAUCAGAAACUCCUACAGAAAUGGCCUCCAGGACGCUUAAACUUGUCGCCAAAGCACUUCAAAACUUAGCCAAUCUUGUAGAGUUUGGUGCAAAGGAAUCCUUCAUGGAAGUCAUCAAUCCUUUUAUCAAAAGAAACAAGGAGAGGAUGGUGGUGUUCCUGGACGAAUUAUCAAAUAUGUCGGAAGUGGACACGAGUCGACUUCAGGUGAACAUCAACGACGUGGCCAGAAAUCUUGCCACAAUUCAUCAGAUCUGUGCCUCACAUCUGAUAGAACUCAGGAAACUUAGCGAGUCAAAGACUUCUCUGAGGAAGCUGGUGGCAGUCUCAGAAAUCUUAUCCGACCACAAGAAGCGCUACAUGACAUGACAUCUGUUCUCAUCGGCUGCUUGUCAUUAUCACACACUGUAUUUCAAGUUGGUUAGGGACUGGUUCUCCCUUCUUGAUAUUCAUUUUCAUUCACUUCGCCAUUAUUUGUUGGCCCAUUUUGUCAUGUGACAUACGAACGAUGCAGCAUGUAAAAAUGCUCAAUUUCAAAAUGCAUGACUCAUGGCGGAAGGCUAUAAAUAGAUUUUGUAGGAUUUAUCAAAAGGAAAUGACCUUGUUUCCGUAGAAGUUUGUGAAAUGAACUCCGACAUGGUGGUCACACUAGGUAUUUAUUAUGAAGUUCUCGCACUAGUCCACCCAAGAUGUUCUUUUCAACAUAAUGAAAGUUUUACUUUCCGAAGUUGUUUGUUGAAGUGGAUAGCCUAACACAAUAUCAUGCAGUGGAUAGCGUAACUUUGCCUUGUAUCAACUCAGUGGAUAGCGUGACUUUGCCUUGUAUCAACUCAGUGGAUAUUUGUGUCUUCGUUAUGUGUCCACUCGGUGGAUAGCGUGGCAUUACCAGCUGUGGAUCGUGUAACCAUGAUGGUCAGCCAGAUCGGGUCCAGUGCCAUUGUAUCUUUGUCAUUAAGAUGCUUGAUUAGGUUGAACUCUCCGAUCUGAGUGGUGGAAGUUCCCUGGAUAAAAACUCCAAUAAAAAAAAACAAUCUAA